CCUUAUGCAGUAAAGAAAGCAAGUGAGGCGGGCUAAGAUUCCAUUCGAAGUAACGUAACAGGAUUCGAUGUUGCACCAUCUUCAACUCUUCUCUGGAUCCGGAGUUUUUCGAGAAAAGGUCCCAUCCUUCAAUAUCAUGAUUGGAUCGACCAGGCCAGAUCAUGAGUGAAAUAUCAUGAUCGGGUCGACCAGGCCAGAUCAUGAGUGAAUAGAAAAUCGAAAACGUACAUAGCUGUUCCAGCUGAAAUACUUGGAAUAAUUCUACCACUUCUACUAGGAGUAGCCUUUUUAGUGCUAGCUGAACGUAAAGUAAUGGCUUUUGUGCAACGUCGAAAGGGUCCUGAUGUAGUGGGAUCAUUCGGAUUGUUACAACCUCUAGCAGAUGGUUUAAAAUUGAUUCUAAAAGAACCUAUUUCACCAAGUAGUGCUAAUUUCUCCCUUUUUAGAAUGGCUCCAGUGACUACAUUUAUGUUAAGUUUGGUUGCUUGGGCCGUUGUACCUUUUGAUUAUGGUAUGGUAUUGUCAGAUUCGAACAUAGGGCUACUUUAUUUGUUUGCCAUAUCUUCGCUAGGUGUUUAUGGAAUUAUUAUAGCUGGUUGGUCUAGUAAUUAG